AUGAACUUACCCUCGAAUUCGACCGGCUUCAAUGGUCCUCCAGAUCCAAGUCUCAUUCCCUCCCCGCCUACAGAAGCCGCGGUGGAGCUUGCACACGCAUUUGCAGGGAUCGCUAUUACCCUCAACAUCAUAUCAUUCAUGGUAUUCGGAGGCCGCAUAUGGACAAGAUGUUUUCCUGUCCUCCGGUUAGGCUGGGACGAUUACAUUAUUUCAGUUGCAUAUGUCCUCGUUCUGGUCGACUCGAUCCUCCUCCUAAUCACAGUUCCUUUCGUCUUCGGUCGCGAUCCUGCAACCAUCACGCUCAAAGACGUUGAAGAAUCGACUAGACAUGCCAUCCUUGCCGAACCCAUCUGGGCUUGGUCCAUGGCCGCUGUUAAAAUCUCCGUUGCAGCUAUGCUUCUCCGGCUUGAGCAAGAGAGGCACUGGCGACGAUUCUUGUGGGCCAUGAUCGUCAUUCAACUAUUCCUAGGCGUCUACAACACCAUCACGCAGCUUGUACAAUGCGUCCCACUGCACGCGGCCUGGGAUCUCCUGGGCGUCGUGGAGGCGAAGUGCUGGAGAAAGAACGCCAUUCGGAACAACCUCAUCUGCGUCUCCACCGUCAACAUCGCAACCGACUUCGUAUUCGCCUUGAUUCCGAUCACCUUCCUCCGGAAGAUACAGCGCCCUCUGGGUGAGCGCAUUGUUAUCGGAAUUCUCAUGGCCCUCGGUAUCUUUGCGGCCGCUGCAUCCAUUGUCAAAGUCACAGCGGCAGCUAACUUCGGACGAACGAACGACCCGACUAAAGAAGGCAUAUCAAUAGGAACAUGGUCGUGUGUCGAAGAACAGGUUGGAUUUAUUGCAGCUUGUAUCCCAUGUUUACGAUCCCCGUUCCAAAAGGUCCUGUCAUACUUCGGCCUUAUUUCCACACAAAACAAGACCACUUAUGGACGUGCAUACGGACAAAUGCAUGGCGAGGGCGGGAAUUCUAGCAAGCCGAAAGACACACAUUCUCGAAUGAAGAGUGGUGGUCGUGGGGCAGUUAUAAAGAUGAAGAACAUGCGGAGUACGGAUGCACAGAGUGAGGAGAACAUCCUGACGUCAAAUCUCGAAGGAAAGAAUGGAGAGAUCUGGUGUACGACAGAAGUGCGGAUGAUAAAAGAGAACACGACGCAAGUUUUGAAAGUCGAGAAAGGCCACGGAAGGGGUCAAUCAAGUUGGGCGGAUGGAAGUGAGCAGGAGGAGCCAACGUGGGCGGUGAGGAAAUCUAGUAAUGGGGAUGUAGUUUGA